ACAGUUUCGGGUAACGUGGCUAGAGAGCCGGUGUUCUCGCCAAAGAGCGGCCGGAUCUUCGAAAGAUCCACCGUCGUUUCGUACAUUCAGAAGUUCCACAAAGAUCCGGUCACCAACGACGAAUUGGCCGAGGAAGAUUUGCUCCCAGUGGCGGCGGCCACAGCCCCAGCUAUUUUACCCACCACAACCUCCAUCCCGUCGCUUCUAUCGGCCAUGCAGACCGAAUGGGACUCUGUCGCGUUGGAGAUCUUUCUGUUGAAGAAGCAGGUCCAGAAGGCGCGCGAGGAGUUGUCUGUCGCUUUGUACCACCAUGAUGCCGCGGUGCGCGUGGCAUCGAAGGCUCUCCAGGAGAGAGACGAGUACAAGAAGGCCUUACAGGAGUUGUCUGCCUCCGUC